CUUAUGUCAUCAAAUUGAAGAUGACGGCGGCGGUUGUGUGCUUUAAUUACGGUCUAUUAUUGUUUUUAUUGUAAUAAACAAAUUUCCACUUUGAAUGAAAGUAAAAGCAUUGAAAUACAAUUAAGAUGUCGGAGUCCUCAAAAUCAAAGUCCCUUAAUUCAAACUCCACCCCAAGUUUGCAAUGCAAAGAUCUGCACGAAUAUCUCAAAAGUCGUUCUUCACAAUUUUUGGAAACAUUAUACAAUUAUCCAACGAUUUGUUUAGCUGUAUAUAGAGAAUUGCCAGAAUUGGCUCGUCAUUUUGUUAUCCGUCUUCUAUUUGUCGAGCAGCCUGUACCUCAAGCAGUAGUAGCGUCUUGGGUUUCACAAACACAUGCCAAAGAACAGAACAAAGCAAGUGAGGCUUUGUCGGAACUAUCAGUAUGGCAUGAAGCUCCUAUUCCUGGUGGUCUGCCUGGCUGGUUGCUCUCGCAGUCUUUUAAGAAAAAUUUAAAAGUAGCUCUUUUAGGAGGUGGCCGUCCAUGGAGCAUGUCGCAGACUCUAGAGCCAGACGGCAAGGCUCGUGACGUAGCAUUCCUUGACGCAUAUGCGCUAGAGCGGUGGGAAUGUGUCCUGCACUACAUGGUCGGCAGCCAGCAGACAGAGGGCAUCAGUGCUGAUGCCGUGAGGAUAUUGCUGCACGCUGGUUUGAUGACCAGAGAUGCUGAAGAUGGCUCUGCCGUGAUCACCAAAGCGGGCUUUCAGUUCCUUCUACUCAGCACGGCUAAGCAGGUGUGGCUCUUCCUGCAACACUAUUUGCACACGGCGGAGAAGAGGAAUCUCAGCUCGGCGGAAUGUUUGGCGUUCUUAUAUCAGCUCAGUUUUAGUACCCUGGGAAAGGAUUACAGCACAGAGGGGAUGAGCAACAAUAUGUUAGUGUUCCUGCAACACUUGAGGGAGUUUGGACUUGUGUACCAGAGAAAGCGGAAGGCGGGCCGCUUCUACCCGACGCGGCUGGCGCUGAACAUGACGUGCGUGAGGGAGGGCGCAGCCCCGCUGGAGGCUCGGCGGCAGCAGGGCUACGUGCUGGUGGAGAGCAACUACCGCGUGUACGGCUACACGCACAGCACGCUGCAGGUCGCCCUGCUGGGGCUCUUCACGGAGCUCAUGUACAGGUUUCCGAACUUGGUGGUGGGCGUGAUAACGCGCGAGUCGGUGCGGCAAGCCUUCCGCGGCGGCAUCUCCGCCGAGCAGAUCAUCAAGUAUUUGGAGCAGCACUCGCAUCCGCAGAUGUUGAAGACGGAGUCGGGCGGCAUCCGCACAACGUCGGUGCUGCCCCCCACGGUGGUGGACCAGGUGCGGCUGUGGGAGGGGGAGCGGAAUCGCUUCACCUAUACCGAUGGUGUGGUUUACAACCAGUUUUUGUCGCAGGCGGACUUCGUGGUGCUGCGUGAUUACGCGCGCCAGCAGGGCGUGCUGAGCUGGCAGAACGAGCGCACGCGCACCAUGGUGGUCACCAAGCCGGGACACGACGACGUCAAGAAGUUUUGGAAACGGUACUCCAAGAGCUCGUAGAAUCCCAUACAGAGUGGGGCUCGAUGUGGGAUGCGGUGGGAUUUGAUUCUGUUAUUCAGUAAUGGAAUUGGGUUCAGUAUUGAGGAAGACAAUAUCAAAUGAUGCCUAAAAUACCAAAAGGGGCUUCUUCUUACCGAACUGGACGAAUAGGGCGGUUUGUUGAAGUUUGAACUGGUUUAGGAUAGUUUGUAAGGAUAUAUCUGUAAAGACUGUUGUAAAUAAAGUGUUAUAUGUUUAA